AUCUGAGAAAAAAAUGGAAUUUAAACGGAUUUUGGAGGAUUUGAUUAGGGUACUUCUGAUCGUUAGUGUGUGGUGUGUUCUACAGUCGGAUGGACGAUGCAAAAAGACAGCAAGCAAAAAGAAACUGCCGCUUACAAUAGGUGUGCUGGAACAGGAGACUUCGGGCUACACCGUUAAGAACAUGGAGUUCAGCGGAGAAGUCCAUCAGUGUUUCCAUGACCCCCACUUCGUGGUGCUCGGCGUCCAGAGAGACCUCCGUAUUAUCACAGAUGGGUGGACAGAUAUCGAGGAGGGGAUGAAGCAAGCUUUAACAAAACAAGCUGGGGAGUCAACCACCUUCAACCUCAUCAUCGGUCCAUUCUAUACCAACCUGGCCAUGAUCCUGGAGAAAAACCACAUCCCAUAUUUGGUCACCGACUACAAAGGUUUCAAAGACAUCGACAUGUCGCGCGUGCAGGACCGCACCGACUGGCGCACCCUGGUGGAGAUCCGCCCUCCAGCCCAGGAGCAGAACAUGGCGGUGGUCGACCUGUUCCAGAUAGAGAAGUGGGAGAGUGCUGUCAUGCUGAUGCCGAAAAACGAGGCGGACAACCAAGAGUGUCAGGACCUGGCACAGCAGAUGGUUGGACGAGGCAUCUCUGUCAUCCCCUACUCCAUCGACCCCAAAGAACCAAGGAAGAAGAUGAUUAAGCAAGCCAUGAGGAACUUCCAGCUCCUCAGCCAGAAGCAGGUGGUGAUGUGUAGUCCCAGAGAUGCCAAGGACGGACUGAUAGAGCAGCUCCUUAAAGUGGCCAAGCUUUACAACCUCUUAAUGGACGUUGAUCUGAAUUUCAUCUUCGUUGACUCGAGUUCAAACCUGGAACCACUAGCCGGAGCAGACCAGAUGUACCGCCUACGCCUGUUCUCUGCGCGUUGCAAGCUGUAUGCCUUCCGGUAUUUCCUCCCCCCUGAGAAAGGAGACGUAAAAGGUGAUGCCAACGUUGCGAUCGCCAAGGAUGCCGCCAGCGUCACCAAGGAUGCCUUAGCUGACUACCUGAAUAAGAUCAGGGAACCUACCGAUACAAUCAAACGGAAGAUACUUAUGAAGGCGUUAAAGGGGGUCCGACUUCAUGGAGAUACUGGCCUGAUUCGCUUCAUCGGGACAGGUCAGAGAGUGAACUACACGCUGUAUCUGUACAACCACGGGGGAGAGGACAUGUACAAGAAGGUUGGAGUAUGGAUUCCGUCCGGCAACAGCGCCGAACAAAGGCUCAACAUGACACAGGUUGACGACGAGAACGACGAGGAUUCCACCCAAUCUGGAAUUUUCCCUGAGCUUGUCAAGGUGGUGGUUGUGGAGGAGGAGCCCUUUGUGAUGCUGAAGUCCCCAAACUCCUCCAUGAACAACGAGGGGAACGACAGGUACGAAGGUUUCACCAUCGAUCUGCUGAAGGAACUGAAAAAGGACCUCAAGUUCAACUUUGAAAUCUACGUCAGUCCUAAAAACGCUUACGGUGUGAAAAACAUGACUUCAGGGAUUUGGGACGGAAUGGUUGGUGAGAUCAUUGCUAAGAAUGCUACCCUUGCUAUGGGUGCCAUAUCCAUCACCUCCCAAAGAGAGACCGACAUCGACUUCUCUCAAGGCAUCAUCAGUACCGGCAUAAACAUCCUCAUAUACAAACCCCAGGAAGAAUACAACAUCUUCCAGUUCCUCUUCCCCUUUUCUCUCUACCUCUGGCUGGCCAUCAUCGGGGCAUCCAUCUUUGUCUCCUUUGUCCUGUUCCUCCUUGACUACACGAACCCAGAACGGAAGUUCACUGCCAAAGAGACUCUAUGGUAUGCUGUAGGAACGCUUCUCAAGCGAGGAACAGACUUCUCUCCUAAGCCAGUAUCUCAGCGUAUCCUGUCUGCGGGUUUCACCUUCUUCGUCCUCAUCACCGUCUCCAGUUACACCGCCAACAUGGCAGCCUUCCUCACAACAAAAAGCCUGGAGAAAACCAUCAGCUCCUUCGAAGACCUCACCGAGAGUGAGCAACCAAUAUGUACUGUGGACAAAUCAGCGACCAUGAAGUUCUUCGAGAAGGGACACAGCCUUACCUACAAGCGGAUCUGGGACGUGAUUGUAGCUGGGGAUGGACUAGUUCCUAACGCGUCAGCUGGCCGGGAAAGAGUGAUGGAUAAAAAGUGUGCAUUUAUUUUUGACUUCUUGAUAAACGAGUAUUCUGAGUAUAAAAAAUGUUGUACGAAGGCUGUGGCUGUUCCUAUCCUGAUGCAGGAACAUGGUAUUGGCAUGGCGCAAGGAGCUCCCUUCAAAACCAAGCUGAACAUAGCUCUUCUCAAUUUGAAGGAACGUGGACAGAUCAACCAACUGAAAAAGAAGUGGUGGGACGACAAGCGGCAGUGCAACGUUGCCAGCGACCGCGCCAACCGUGCCCAGUUUGGACUCACUGAAACCGCAGGAGUGUUCAUCCUUGCGCUUUUUGGACUCGUCUUCUCUGUGGCAUUCUUCCUUUUCAAGAAAUUCUAUUUGAGACGAAAAAUGAAGAAGCAGGCCCUGAAAGCCGAGAAGGAAAAGGAAUUACUCUGCAAGGGGUCGCCAUCAUCCGUGUGACCUUCACCUUGACGCACACUGUUCUUGCUCUCACCAAAGACUGUCUUCAUCCCAGUCAUAACCCGCUUACGUUUGAUUAUAUAAAUUAUAAUUUUGAGUCAUCUCUCCAUCACAUCGUCAAGCAACAACCGCCCUAUUAGUAAUUAAAAUGCAAAUGUUGCGUACCUUGUAGAUAUUGUGGUAAAGAUCAUUGUAAAAUCUUUAAACUGCUCCAAAGUGGGGGUAGGUUGACCUCCAAACCAAUUCUUGCUUCAGGAGAGAUAUUCGAUGUCCUUUGGCUUGUCAAAAAAUCCUUGUCUUGAUUAGUACCUAACACGCAGAGGCUCACGGUGGUAAACUGUUACCCCAGGCCACUGACACUUCGUAUUAUCAAUGGAAUAUUGUUCAUAUCGGAGCUAAACCCAACCCAAGAGAGACCAUAUGUAAUCAUGAUGAAAACAUUUCGUGUGUAUACCUGUAUGAAGCCUACAUUUGUAAAAAAAACAUAUUUGUCUAUGUUUUUCAUAAUUGCUAUUUUAGUCUUUCUUUCAAAACAACUUUGUGAACAUUUAAGAAAGAAAUUCUUAGUUUUGUGUGUUCUGUUCAAUUUGUAUUACAAUAUACUGUAGCAUUUUCCAGAUAUACGAUAUCCCAGUUUACGUGUGAUACAUAUUCUUGAUAAGAUUGUCAAACUUCAGUAUAAGUGGUUUAAAUACAAAUUCAUAAAUAAAAGCAAAAUUUCUCUUUG